ACCAGCUUUCUCCAAUAAAGUCUUUGUAACGACGAUUCAAAAGAAGUGAUAAACACAACUUUUUGACUAAUAGUUUGAAUUAUAAUCGACUUUAAAAAUCGUUAUUAUAAUUUCCUCAUUAGAGAUUGUUUCUCUCUCUCUCUCCUGUAAAUAAAAGAAAAUAAAAUAAAAAGUAAAACCACCCACGUGCAUUCAGCGUGCACCUAAACCCCCUCUGAAACCCCAUCCAAGACUUCAGUACCGAUCUCCAAGCUCCCCUCCGAUGGCAUCAACCACCCUCCCCAAACCGAACCCAAUCCCAAUCGAACCCGACCCGCCGCAGCCCAACUCCGCCGACCCUCUUGCAAUCUACGCCCAAGCGAUCAAAACCCACAACGCCGACCGUUCCCUCCACAACCACCUCAUCACUCUCUGCUCCAAAUCCAACCUCACCUCCUUCUCUCUCCGCCUCUUCAACCAAAUCCCAUCACCCAACGUCGUCUCAUGGACGGCCCUGAUCUCAUCCCACUCCACCACCCUCGCCGCCCUCCGCCACUUCGUCUCCAUGCUCCGCCACCCCACCUUCCCCAACCAGCGCACAAUCGCCACCCUCUUCAAAACCUGCGCUUCUCUCUCGUCCCUCUCCUUCGGUCUCUCCCUCCACUCACUCUCCCUCAAGCUCGGUAUCUCCGCCGAGCCGUAUUCGGGUUCAGCCCUCAUACACUUCUACUCCAAAUGUGGGAUGCCGGUUUAUGCCCGGAAGGUGCUCGAUGAAAUUCCCCACAAGGAUGCUGUCUGCUAUGGCGCGGUGAUUGUUGGGCUGGCGCAGAACUCGAGGCCCAUUGAUGCGCUUUUGGCUUUUGCUGACAUGAAAUGUAGAGAUGUUGGGUCGAGUAUGUAUACUGUUUCGGGUGCAUUGAGGGCCGCGGCGGAGCUUGCUGCUUUGGAGCAAUGUAGGAUCAUACAUACACAUGCUGUGGUUACGGGGCUUGAUGCGAAUGUGGUUGUGGGGACUGCUUUGUUGGAUGCGUAUGGGAAGUCCGGGCUUGUGUCCGAUGCUAGACAGGUUUUCGAUGAGAAUUUGCUGGUGAUGAGUCUUGUGGGAUGCAAUGCAAUGCUGGCGGCGUAUGCACAACAGGGGGAUAAGAAUUCAGCGGUUGAGCUUUUUAAUGCAAUGGAAGCUCAAGGGCUUGUACCGGAUGAAUAUAGCUUCUUAGCGAUUUUGACGUGCCUUGGCAAUGCGGGUUUGGUUUUGGAAACGGAUUGGUGGUUGAACAGGAUGAAGGCUGAUUACGUGUUGGAACCAGCACUUGAGCAUUAUACUUGUCUGGUUGGUGCAAUGGGCCGAGCUGGUCAGUUGGAAGAUGCUGAAAGGACUGCAAUGACAAUGCCUAUUGUGCCUGAUGCUGCAGUGUGGCGAACAUUGCUAACAUGUGCAGCUUAUCAUAAAUCACCCGCCUUGGCUAGGUCCAUGGCUAAACGGUUAUUGGAAAUUGAUCCGCAGGAUGAUUCAGCUUAUGUUAUUGUUGCAAAUGUGUUAUCAUCCGCAGGAAAGUGGGAUGAAGUUGCAGAAGUUAGGAAGAUGAUGAAAGAUAGGAGGGUGAAGAAGGAAGGAGGUAGGAGUUGGAUUGAAGUGCGAGGAAAAGUUCAUGUGUUUUUGGCCGGGGACAGAAGGCAUCAAAGAAUAGAUGAGAUAUAUGCAAAGCUGGCAGAAUUGAUGGCGGGGAUAGAAAAAUUAGGGUAUGUGCCGUUGCAGAAUGAGAUGCUGCAUGGGGUUGGGGAACAAGAGAAAAAGGAAGCCCUAUGGUAUCACAGUGAGAAGCUGGCUGUAGCAUUUGGGGUGGUAAGUGGUGCUGCACCCCCCGGGAAGCCAUUAAGGAUUGUGAAGAAUUUGAGGAUUUGCAGAGAUUGCCACGAGGCUUUUAAAUAUUUGUGUAGGUUGUUGGAGAGGGAAAUCAUUGUGAGGGAUGUAAACCGAUACCAUAUAUUUUCAAAUGGUAGCUGUAAUUGUGGAGAGAUGUGGUAGCUUGCUUAUUACAGUUGUGCUCUCAAGACAGAAAUUCCACUGCCAAAAGGUGAAAUGUAGUUUCUGUGCAUGAGCCUCUCCUUGGACGAUGCAAUGGGGUUGCUAGGAAGUCGCCAGUCACAAACUUGAGGGUAAUGCAAGAGUCCUGAAUAGCUGCGUCUCCGAACCAAAACCUAAAGGGUUUAGCGAGGAAGAUGAUAGACUAGAAAUAGAGAGGGACUGACUUAUAUGCAGAGGAAGGUUAAUGUGUUUCCCACAUGCAAAUAAAAGGAAAAGGAUGACAGAAAUUCUGCAUUGUGUGUUGCUGAGCUGUAGAGAUGUUGGCAGAAGAAUAGAAUGACCAGAGAGAUGCAGAGGGAUUUGAUAUGUCAUCAUUGGGGAUAAUUAGCAGUGUCUGCAUUUGGCUAGCAAACAGAGAUGCACAUCAAUAAUGCUACUAGUCCAUGCUUGUAGCAAAAGGACAAGAACAGAUUCAGAUAGUCAUUAUUGGCUGUCUCAAGAAGAGUCCGGCCAGCAAAUUUUUUAUCA